AUGCCUUUCAAGAAACGAGUGAUCAAAGUAAAGUUCAUUUUUUAUAUAAGUUGUUCAUGGGCUGCCGAUAGAAUCGCCUUUACUUCUGAAAAAUGUGUGGGAUCCGCAACAUGCUAUAAUAAGAAGAAAAGUGACGCUAGCACUGUGAGUAAGAGUCAGACAGAUCCGAAAUCGACAACGCCUAAGUCCGCACCUAAAAUGGGAGAAGGGGAAAGGACUGAUACCGGAGCAACACUUGGAACCGACAAUCCAGAAAUGCAAGCUGUACUGGCUGAACCCGCCGGCGACGAUGUUUCUCGUGAUUAUUUGCCGAAGUUGGAAACGAUCCUCGAAGUUGCUGCAAAUUACAUGUGGGGCAUGAAAAAACAUAUGGCUGCGGACGAAGCUGCGUGGAAGGAGUUGGCGAAGAGAAUUACACUUCUUCAGGCGGAGGGCUAUGAUGUUCGAGCUGGAACAAAAGAAGCUAAGCUUCGCCGUUUGACAUCUACCAAUGUGACGAGUUUAAUGGACAAGGUGGACAAGGUGACCAAAAAAAGGAAGAGAAAAAGCAGUGGCGCAGUGGGAGCCGACUGA